AUGUCCCCGCUCGCAAUACACAGCUUGUUUGAGGAGAAGACAGGAACAUGGCAAUAUGUUGUAGCAGACCCUUCGUCCAAGAAGGCCGUCAUCAUCGAUCCGGUGCUCGACUAUGACGCGCAUACCCAGACCAUCAGUACCCAGACAGCUGAUGAUCUAUUGGCUACGGCCUUGGGAGGCGGGUACUACAUCGAGAAGAUACUGGAAACGCAUGCACAUGCCGACCACUUGACAGCAGCUUCUUAUCUCCAGCAGCGUCUUUCAUCACGGCAAAGUUUUAAACCACCCAUCUGCAUUGGAAAACGAAUUCGGGAGGUUCAGGAACGAUUUGCUGUGAAGUAUGGUGUUCCAGCUGCUGAGUACGAAAACGCGUUCGAUCAUCUUUUCGAAGAUGAUGAGAUGUUCGAGGUUGGGAGUUUGAGGGUGAAGGUCCUUCAUCUUCCAGGUCAUACACCAGAUCAUAUCGGUUACCAGGUCGGCAGCAAUGUGUUCUGCGGCGAUUCAAUUUUCCAUGCUGACAUCGGCACUGCACGAUGUGAUUUUCCGGGUGGGAGUGCAAAGAGUCUGUAUGCUUCAGCACAAAAGCUUUUGAAAUUACCGGACGAAACCAAGAUUUGGACAGGGCAUGACUAUCCAGCGUGUCCGCAACGAUGCGAGGCCGUGCCUUGGAUGACUGUACGGGAUCACAAGGAGAAGAACAGACAUCUCGCGAACCAUGCGGAGGACGAAUUCCGAAUCCUGCGAGAAGAACGCGAUGCGAGUCUGAACGCGCCGAAGCUGCUGCACCCGUCUUUGCAGAUCAACAUACGCGCUGGUAGACUUCCUCUGCCGACACCAAGUGGCGAGCUUUUGAUGCAUCUUCCGAUUAAGAUGAAGGAAGGGUCAUGGGAGACUGGGACUGAGCGGCGAUGA